AACCAGGCCUGAGCGACAAAACGGGUCUGUAUGUAGAAUUCCCCAUGAAGCCCAAGGAGUGAAGCUCCGGAUGGUUUGGCCGUCAUGAGCAGCGAAGGCUUUAUCUGCGAAGUGUGCCACCUGGAUUACAGCACACAGACUCAGUUUGAGGAGCAUUUCUGGUCCAUGAUACACCACAAGCAGCUGGAGAUUCAGUAUGGCACUGGAAAGACUCACAUCUGCUGCCUCUGCAAGACUCAGAGCGACACGCUCUCGGAGUACGCCAAGCAUCUCAUCAGCAAGACACACAGAGAUGCAAGCGCUGCACGCAAGAAGCAGAAACAACUGGAAGUGGCUUCCAAAUCAUCAAAUCAAAGGAGCAGUGCAAGACAACAAACAAAUACACCUAAUAAUGGAUACCCUGGACUUCAGAACCCUGCAGUCCAGAACAAGAGACCUAUAUUCUGUAUCCCAGAACCAGGACAAAAUGUGCACCGUACGUGGGCCCGGUGGUCACAACCUAAUCACCCAAUCAACAACUUCAACGUUCAACCUAAUGUCCAGCACUCCUCAGCCCAACACUCGGCCCAACAGUUGAAUCAUGGGAACGGCGGCAAGGGCAGUUAUGCUGGAAACAGAACAUGGACUCCUGUGAGCGGCCAAGGAGGACCUAAUGCUCCCACAAACAAGUCAGUGGGUGGGUUGAAAACUCAACUUGCCUCAGGCAAAUCUGCUGUCAACCCGAGUCUAACCGCCAAAAACAAGGCCCAAGACUCAAAGGCAAACCCUAAUACUGGAAGUGGCAGAGAACCACGUGCCGCAACAGCAUCUGUGAACAGUAAAUCGGCGUUUGGCUCUAAACCAGCCCAGUCAGCUGUUAAGCAUAGAGAUAAUCAUCGUGGUGCCAAUAAACUAGAUUCAAAUGCAGCAUCCAGGGCAUCAAGCUCUAAAUCAGGCCAAGCAUUGGAUUGUCGCGAAGUUCACUCUGCAGCCAAAGAGGCUACCCCAGAGAAAGUAGCUACUUGUGACAGUACAAAGAUAUCAUGCGCCAAGCCCGACCAAUCAGCUGGCACAAAUCCAACUGCUACCCAAACACUUGCACAACCAGACGGUGCUUUCUCAGCAAAGAGAGAAUGGGAAAGAUCAGCUAGUUGUCCUUCACGAACUAGCAAGCCAGGGCAAGACAAGAUGUCUUGUCAGGACAAAGCUGAAAGAUCCAAAAAUGCUUCGGCUGCUUCAGCAUUAAAGAAGCCAAAGGAAGCCUGCAAACAAACACACGUACUACAGAGAUCAAAUUCAGUGCCAGGUACCCCAACUCUCUUGAAAUUGCCUCCCGAAGUGACCAGACUAAACCUCCCAAGAGUAAACUCUGUUCCUGGUGGUAAGGAGUCAAUCAAGAAUCUGUCAAGCAUUGGUCCUAAUACUGUUGAAGACCAGCCAGAAUCAGAUCUUAUAGAUGGCGUGGAUGAAGAACCCAGUGUCACCAGAGUCCAACUACCGCCCAGUCUGCAGCGAGAACUGACCAAGCUGCUUGUCAAGAGCCAAGGGCCAAGACCACGUCCCAAUCUGGUGGCCGCCCGCAGCCGGCUCCACGCUGGUGAACACCAUCAGGCCCAGGUGGUGGAGUCCCCUGACAGGAUGGUGCAGCAGCUGCUGAUGAAACUCCUGGACUCGCCCAAGUCCCGGGAUCGCCAGCUGCAGCAGAUUGAGGAGCUCCAGCGAUUGGUGCAGGCAUCUAAGAAGGGCAGCGAGAGGGCCCGGUUUGGAGCUCAGCAGCUCCCGGUAGUAUCCAUGCAGGUCUUAGAAUCUUUGCUGGAGAGUGGGCAUCUGAAGCCCCUGCUCUCAGAAGAUAAUUUCACAAGAGGUACUAUGGCUCAACAGGAGCAAUCGUUGGACUCAGCCGCACACGAGCAGGUGAACUCCCAAAAAGAUGGGAAGGCACAGAAUCUGAGCAAUACUGCAAUAUUUCAUCAAGAGCUGUCUCCCUCAUUGUCAGCACCAGAUCCUGCAGAUGUAGAUUCCAAGGAAGCUGUUCAGGCUUUGAUACGGUCUACCUUAUCAAAGAAGGGUCAUCUUUCAACGUCAUCAGCUUCGGGACAUGAAGAAGAGAAUUCCAAAGAGGCUUUGAAAUCAUUCACCACUUCUGAAGCACCGGCAGCUCCUCUGUCUCAGUCUACUUUGCUAAGACAAAGACGGCAAUCCGCAUCGGAAAUGAUGCGAGAGAUUGUUGGACACAUUGUCCAAACACAAGACAAACCAACUGGCGCAGAGCAGCCGUCGGCUCCAGUCGCGGAUGUGACCAUCAAAACUGAGCCAGACACUGAAGUUAACGAAAGUGGUGAUACUUGUAAGUGGGUACAAGAUUUUGAACUUGUUGAUUCCAAAGAAGCUGUUCGGCCAUUGAUUCAGUCUACCUCAUCUGCAUCCGAGCAUCCCAAAGUGGAUUCUAAAGAACCUUUGAAGUCACUAAUCUCAGCUUACGCCAAUCCAGCAACUUUUCACUUGUGGUCCACCUCACCAAAACAAGAAGAGCAAGUUGCAGCUGAAGUACAAGACCAAACAACUGUUCCAGACCAACUCUCGACUCCGACUCGGGAUCUGACCAUCAAAACUGAACCAGAUACUCACGCCAACGACAUUACUGAUGGAGCACCUAAUGAAGAAAACCCUGUCCCCACAUCAACUGCAACUUGGCAGUUGAAUGCGUCACUGGUCCAGCCUUUUACAUACGACAGUGUACUUAGCUCAGGCCAAAUCAGCAGCUUUCCUAUGGAUAUGAAUAAUUCCUUACAUGUGCAAGAUUUUGCAGUGCUGAGUGCCCCAACUGAACAGGAAAGCACAACUCCAGGCCAAGCAGGGACAACAGUCAACAUGCUCACAAUGCCGAAUUAUCAGGUGGUAGUGCCCUACGCUGAGACGACACCUACAAUAACAGCCCCAGCACAGCGGAAACCCCGCGCAAAACAGACCCGGAUGAGUCAAAAAGAUCUGCCUUCUGAUCUCCAAGAGGUCUUGCUGGAGCUGUCUCUCCAAGAGGAGAAGCUGCACGAAAAGCUUAGCAUGAUGGACCGCCGCAUGAAGACCACCAAGGAACUCAUCCAAAAGAAGCAACUGCAGUACAAGAAACUCAAGGAUCAGAAAAAUAAGAUCUCAAUGGAGGUGUUAGGCAUCAGAACAAGACGUCUACAACUUCUUCAAGAGGCUAAACCAUGCUCUGCAUCAGCGGUAACUUCCUCAACAACCACCAGCACCAAUACCAGUCAGAUAACACAAGAUCCCCUCGGAAACUUUCCAGCUUGGCUUCCAAAUGCCACGGUGUCCCAAGGUAACACAACCCUGUCUUCAUUUCAGGGAGGUGCAGUGCCAAAUUUGACAUUCGUGGACUGUGACCCAACCAGCUUACUUAACUGUCCUCUGUCCUCCGAAUUGGCUCUGGGGCCGUUGCUGACGUUCCCAAGCGUGGACAGUUUGGAUUCAAGUUCCCCUAACAUGCCAAGAACACAGCCAGGUCCGGGGACGCUGACACCAGAACCAGCUAACCAACAAGGAGGGGUUGGGAAGGCAUCCAAGGCGAGCAAGAGAAGCCUGAAAAAUGCGACAAAUGCAGCUGUCACCAAGAAAGCAAAGACAGGCAAAGUGUCGAAGACGCCUAAUUUGACAGGAUCUAAAAGCGUUAGACGGAAGCCAACAACUCAGGCUGUGCCUGAUUCCACUCAAGCAACCCAUGUUGCCACAGCCAGUGCUUCAACCUCGAAUCUAGCAAACUCAGACGUUGCUUCAAUCGAGUCGUCCAUGAAUGCUCCCAAAGAAAUCUACUCCCCCUACAAGAAUUGGGUGAAGGAAGUGAAGCUUCACAACAUGAUCGACACGCAAUAUCGCAGCAAAGUAACAUGGAUCAAAGUGGAAAAAACACCCCAGGAGUUACGAGACGAAACUGGUUCUGAAAGCAGACCGGGGUGCAGUCUUGGAAGCAGCAGGCCCUCUGGACUUUGUAAAAGCGUGGAAGGAGUGCAAACACAAAGCACCACGGAGCCUGGCUGUUACGACGUGUUUGAGAUAUCGUCAGACAGUGAGGGUUCUUCAGCAUCGCUUUGUAAGAGUUUCACAAAAACAAGACCAGCGACUGCUUCUCACGCAAGAGCCACACCAGCCCAAGCCCCACAGAAACCUGACGUGAAGCCCUGCUCGUCCACCCAGACCUGGCCACCGUGCGGUGUGUUUCCCAACCACGACGGUGCCGUGCUGGGAAUGCAUCUAUGCAUCUCCAGGCAGAGACUGUACACUGUGGCUGCCGACUGCACCGCAAGGGUCUUUGAUAUUAAUGAUUUCAGCUGCAAAAAAGUACUGAGUGAUCAUACAAAGGAGGUGACCUGCCUUAAAAUGUGGUCUUCCAAGUACGUGUGUACAGGCUCCAGUGAUCGCAGUGUUCGUGUGUAUAACACAGAGACAUUGGACCGUGAGAUCUCCUUUUUUUGUGAGAGUCGCGUGACAUGCCUGGCAGCUCGGGUUCAUUGGUUGUAUGCAGGCCUGGCUAACGGCACAGUCGAUGUCAUUGAUAUGCAGAGAUUACGCUUAGAGAAGAACCUUUCCUGUAAGCCAGAAUGCAAGAUCAACUCCAUGAUCCCGGUCGACCCAGUCCCCGUCAAGGGCCGAAUUCGCAAGUGUGUCCUGGUUGGCUAUGAAGAUUGGACCAUUGGCGUGCAUGACACAUUGAACGGGAAACUUCUACAGAGUCUGCACGGACACAAUGGCCCGAUCUUGUGCAUGAUGAUAUUUCAGCAGUUACUCUACAGUGGGUCCGCAGACAAAACAAUCAUGGUUCAUGAUUUUAAGACUGGUGAGCACCUUCGCAAGAUUGGCGGCCACGGCAGUUCCGUGACCGGCCUGAGCGUAUUUGAAGGAAGUCUUCUCAGUGUCAGCCUGGAUGGGAAGAUACGCCACAUAGCCCACACAGGUGGUCUCCGGAGAAUAAUUGCGUCAUUUCCUCAGAAGAUUCAGUGCAUGACGCACCAUAACCAGACGUUGUACAUUGGGUGUUCUGAUGGCACAGUGCAAGCCAUCUCUAUGCAAGCAUCGACACGUCCAGGAAAUGCCAGGAAGAAAAAGAAGAAGUCCAAGAAAGUGCGAGUUAUGUGUAAGUGGAAGGGCUGCACCACUAAGAAGUCUGUCCACCAUAAGAUCUAUGCACACCUAUGGCACAACCACGUAGUUCCGAUUGCUGGCAAGAAGUGCCUCUGGGGAAAGUGCGGAAUCAUGCUCACCAACUUCAACAGAUUUCAGGUGAACCAACACAUGCACAAUCACUUGAUGGAAUUGUACGAUGGCCUACAACCAGACGACGCUGAGAAAUUCAAGACCCAAGCACUGCUUCACCAGAGGAAAUUCGGAAAGAAGGGAGUCGUCAACAAAGCACUACAGCAGAUAAUGCUUGCAAAAAGCACGGCCGGUGGCAAUAAGAAAAUCAAGCCAGUGCCAUUUUCAUUAGUAGAUUAACAAAGUUGCCAAGAUUCUUGGAUUUCUUGCGACAUUUCAUUCGUCAUUCUUGUUAGCAUACCAUGAAAACUGAUUGAGAGAAAUCAAAAAGACAUUUGAAAGUUUGUUGAUCUGUGAUUUGAUUUCAUUUUCUCUAAUUUAAUUUAUGAUUAAAAAAAUCGCUGAAAGGGACCGACCAUAUUGCAAUAUGCAUCCUUUGUUUUAUUCAAGAGCAAGUCACAUUAAAUUUGCCAGCUCGGUGAGAAUAAGACAAAUGCAGAACAUUAAGUUAGAAAUGAUUAUUUUUUUAAUAAUUUAACUUGAGGAAAUAAAGAAAGAAAGUUUGACACUAUUUAUAUUUUUGGUAUUCAUGGAACUUUCCCAUAAAGGUGGUAUUUUAUAAGUUCAGUUGUCAAGAUGGUCAGCCACUGUAGAUAGUCCAAAAAAACUGUAUUCUUUUUCAGAGGCAAAUUUCUUAAAAUUGAAGAGACAUGUUGACAUUGUUUUAAGAUAUUCCAAAACUAAAAGAUCUUGGUCAUAUAUUGUGAAAACGGCUUUGAAAAGACAGCUCAAGUUAAGAAAUACAUGUAGUUGGCAUUUACAGAAAAGUGGCCAAAAACUAGUUUGUCCACUUCUAUGGCAGUCAUGAAGACCUAAUUCAAAUUAUUGCAGUUCUUUGUGCAUGCAGUGCUGCAUGUGUUGGCCAUACCUCAUAGACUUGCGUAUGAACAAACUGGUGUUUGACCAUCUUUCUUUAAAGGGAAUACAGGGUAUACAACAUUUGCAAACAUAAAAAAACAAAACUGCCAAAUUAUUAUGAAAAACCUUACUAGACUGUUGGUGAACGACAGUCUAAGUCAUCCUGUAAAAUAAUGGCACCUUGUGUGCUGAUAUUUUCAAGAAAAGUGAUAUUUUUGUGUCAAUUUCCAACGGGUUGGCCGACCAAAUUUGGAAAAACACUGGCUUUUUUCAAGUAGUGCCCCAAAUUUUCCAUAUUUAGUUUGUCUGAAUUGUGUUUGCAAUUGAUAACACAUCUAUACAAGCUUUCUAGACUGGUUCCCUGACCUUAUAAUUCCCUGACGUCUAUAAAUUGCUUCAUUCCAAUUCAAGUGGUGUCAGGGAACCAGACUAAAAAAAACAUUUUCUAGAUUUUUCCAGAAUUUACCCAUCACAAAAUUUCAAGCAAGUCAGUGUAACAAUAUUUGCUAUAAAUAUUAAUCCCCCCCAAUCCAUCCGUUUCUGAAAAUUACAGCAAAAGCAAAUGCUGUAUAUUCCCUUUAAACCAUUGCCAUUUCUUAAUUUAGGCUAUAUUUUCAGCGCUGUUUUUUACCAUAUACCACGAAAAUGCUGUAGUUUAGGAAUAUCUUGAAACAAUUUACACUUUUUCAUGAUUUUUGAGGGGAGUGGCCGCCAUUGACCCCCCUUUUUUCAUCUUGUCAACCUUACCCAUAAACAUUAGUUUGUAUUGCAACAUUUGUUUGUUUUUUAAUUAUCACAGAAAUGGGACAUGUAAAGUGAUGUUGACAUAAACCCUGACUUCAUCAAAAACAAAACAAAAACCAAAUAAAUCCAGGUUUUCAUUAGACACAGGUUUUGGAUAAAUAUAAAAAAAGGUUUAGUGCCUUCCCAUUGUGGUCCCCACGGAUAAAACGGCUUAUAACAAAGGCUCAAAUUUGUCUUCAUAUAUGCUCAAAUUUGUCUUCAUAUAUGCUCAAAAUUCAAAAAGUUCAAACAGGUACAAUAUCCUCCUUAUCCACCAAGCAGAACGUACUGCUGUAUAAUCCAUACAUGUCUUUUGAUAUUAAAAAAAAGUGAGAUUUGUGAAAAAGGCCCAGGACAUUUAUGUCGGGGAACACAUUCCAAAGCACACAAGCAUACAUGUACAUAUUAAAGCUUAAGAUGUAACUUUUUUUCCCCCAGGGUAAAUGCAUUGGACAUUCAGACCAAAACAGCCCUCCAGUUUUUGGUUAUGUGAAAUUAAUUGCAAUAUAAAAAAUAUACAUUACGUUCUGCAAUCUUUUUGUUAAUAUUUGUUCAAAUUAAAGAAGUAAAGUAUAAGCUUUUAAAUAACUACAAACAAAAGUAAAGUGUUUGGGGAAGUUAAUGUAGUAACUGGUAAAUGAGUACUUUGAAAAAUAAUUUCUUCAACUGUCAAGAUACUUAAAGGCUUACAUUUCAGUUUGAUUUAGGUUUCUUUUGGUAAGAUUCUUUUCUAGAUUUUCUGGAUGAGAGAUUGCUUUUUUUGCUCAAAUUGUCAGAGCAUUGUUUUUUGACUUAGCGGGAAGAAAAAAUAGUUCAAUUUUUCUUUAUUUUUGUAUAUUGUGUAGCCAUACAACCAAAUGGAUGCAUAGUUAUAUUUAACGCUGAAUGUAAAUUUGACCUGGUUGCAUAAUUUGUACUUGUGAUUUCACACAAUCAUCGUGUAUAACUGAGAAAGUGAGGUAAAGAAAAUAACUAUCGAGGAGACAAAAAUAAACAAAUAUACUGUUCCUA